GUUUCUAUGGCAGUAUAAAUGACUGUUUACUUCUUAUUACCUAUAUCAAGCAAAUCAUUUUCUAUAUACACCAUGGAACACAAUGAGUAUUAGCGCUGACUUUUAUUUGAAAACGUGUAUAAGCACCGCAAUCUAGUUACAUGUCCAUUGAUUCGGUUCAAUGUACCCUUUGGAUAAAAGAAGUCUAUUGCGCACAUGCGAGGACAAUGAAUCAUUUGUUAAAGGGAUCGUACACAUAGGUACAUGCACCACUUAAGCAGCAAUAGUAGUAUCGGUACUAGUGCCACAAAAGUGAUAUUGGCAUUCGGAUAAUCGACUAUACUAUACGUAUGCUGUCUGGUCAAAUACCAGAAUUUUCCGUGAGACACAAGCUGCUACUUUUCAAUCAAAAGCCCCAGCGUGUUCUGCGCCUCUUCGCAGAACAACAGCGCCGCUACAUUCACAAACAGGGCUUAGAGAGAAGAUUAUAUCAACGACGAAAACAAGCGAGGAAGUCGCCACAGAUACCCCUAUAAAAGCGUUAAGAGCAUACACCUACAUCACAUCAUCGUCACUAGUAGGCGAGGAAGCGCAAAAAACAGGAGAAAAAGAAAUUCACUUGGAGAGCAAGGAAAGGCUCAAGCAAACAUUACGAUGAACACUGUUGGUUUGAUAGUACUUGCUUGUUGCGUCACUCUUAUAGAAUGUGCUAUGCUCAGAACAAGCGUGCUACUCCCUCUUGAUCAACUCAACGGCACCGUUACAGAGCCAUCUCCCCCUCUUCUGGGUUCCACUAUUCCGGGGGCUCCUGGGCUCUCCAGGCCAGACGCUACUGAUACUCAGAAUGCGCAACAGAAGUUAAACCUUACUAGUAAGCAUCAGAUAGCCCGACCGCUGACGGAUAUUCAUCAACAUGACCAUCAGAUAAUGAGCACAUCCAAACCCACAUUUGUGAGAUCGGAUGCUAAAAAUGCCGCAAAUCAGGGACACAGGGACCAUGUACCCAUAUUCAUGCUAUCGGACGUUGAGAAGUUCGGAAACCUAAAAGCGAUCGUGGACAGUCAUCCCUAUGAUCGGAUAUAGGAGAGCCCGAAAAUCAAAGGAGCACGAUCUCGUUAACCA